CCACCGCCCGUCGCCAUGGUAACCGGAGGGCGCCGCAGCGCCUCCCGUUGCCGCGGCAACGCGACCAGGCCUUCCGGUGCCCGCCGGAAGCGGGGCGUCGCCGCGCCCGCCGUGCAGCAUGGCGGCGGGGGGGGCGCGCCCGCCGGCCGCCGCCGCCCUCACGCUGCUGCUCUCGCUCGCCGCCUCGGCGCCGGGGCUGCUGUGGGGGGCGCCCGCCGCCUCGCUGCGCCCCGCCGCCCUGCGCGCGGGGGAAGGUUAGUUACCUACAUCUUUGUCUAUGAAGACCUGAUAUCGUUGGCCUGCGGUGCUGUUAUCAUCUGGUAUUUUGCUGGCAGCUUUGAGAAGAACGUGGGCACUGUGAAGCACUGCUUCUUCACCGUUGUGUUCGCUGUCCUCACAGCUCUCUUGUACCUCUUACUCGAGACUGUUGUCUCGAGGAUGGGAGAGGUGGAAGACGCCAAAGGAUUCAUGCCGGUAGCUUUUGCUACGCUGGGCGUGUCCACCACCCGCUCACGGAUGAAAAGGGCUCUGGUCUGGGGGGUUAGAAUCCCGGUGGUGCUGGUGCCGUGGUUUAUGCUCUGCAUGGCCUGGUUUAUCCCCCACUCCUCUUUCCUGAGUAACCUGUGCGGGCUGUUAGCUGGGGAAGCCUAUGGUCUUGGAUACUGUUUCUGUUUGGAUAUUCCAGAGUCAGCGGUCUCUAAGGUGGAUCGGAUGUUUCCUUUCAGUCUGCUGAGGAGAAUACCAGGGCUGAAAUAUAUUCCAGGGUCCUUAGCAGAGAGAAGAGCCUCUGAAAGCAGCAAGAUUAACCCUGUGCCAGGCUCCUACCCCACCCAGAGCUACUACUGCUCUUCGCCUCCGGCUCUCCCUGCUUUCCAGAUGCAGCACCCCAGCAUCCAGAGCCAGGGAUUUCAGCCGAGUUGUGCUCUGGGAUACGGCCAUGCUCUGACACGUGAGGGAUCUCAGGCUCCAGGAUACGGCCUCACUUCUUCCCUCUACCAAACCAGAGGUGCCUUCGGAGACUACUACAUCCAGACCCAUGCUGGAGCCUUGCCAGGACAGUGCUGCCGGCUGGCUGAGUCCUCUCCCCACCGGCAUCUUUCUGAGCCGCAGACACCUGCGGGCGUGGAGCACCAGGCUGGGCUUCAGCAGGCAUCAGGGUAUCCGACAGCCGCCGCGUUGCCGGUGCCAGCUGAGCUCUCGAAAGUCCAGGUGUACUAAUGCUCCAGAAAGCCGCAGGACUCUUGUGCCAUGGCAGGACCAUUGUGUGUGAUACUCUGUCAUCAGCGCAUUGCUGACGUCUUUGCUGUACCUGGGGUGACUAGCUAAACUGGCUGAUAGGCCUGAUGUAGGCCAUUCCCCCUCUCCCUAGCACAGGCUACUUUAUUUAUAGUUUCUUUAUAAUUCUGAUACUUUUUAGUAUUGCUGGGGAACUGUAUCACCUCUUGGCACUUCUCACUCUCUUGGAGUCUCUUCUUAUCCCUGCCUUUAGUAACCGUCUUUUCCACUCAGGCACUAGAGCUACAGAGCAUCUGUUCCCUGGCUCAAAGUAGAAGCUAAGAGUCAAAACACUGGACUAAUUUGGGGCUGAACCAGGCCAUGGGGAUUAGGACAUGUUCUGUCUACACACAGGUUCUUACCCUUCUAUCUCGCUUGCAGGUGUGAUUUAACUAGGACCCAAGAGAGGCUGAAAUCAUGUAGCCUUAGUUUGUAACUUAGUACUUGAGUGGAGUGGGACUUCUCUCUUCUGCUAGUGACUUUUCCACUAAGAGUAUGCCCUGAAGGGGGCUUGUGAAGCCAUGGCUGGAGGAAGGGGAUAAAGGACACCAUUUUCUGCUCCCCAAAACCCAUCUCUAAGUGCUGACAGUCUGUUCUUAGCUACAGUCUGUGCAUGUGCAGACAUGUUGCCUUCAUUAUCUCUAAUAGCACUCAAGGAACCUCAGAUACAUGCAAAGUAAUGGAAGACCCUUUAAUAAGGGAUUUAGGGCAUUUGUGGAGCAAAUCAUAUUUCAGAUAUACAUAAAUCCAAGGAGACAGAAGGGACCUUAAACACAGGUUAGAAGAAUUAACUGGAAUGUAGCUAUUCCAGUAGGGGUGGUGCAGUGUUCACACUACCCUGCUUUGCGUAUCUCACCCACCAGUGUUAGCACAAUCUCCGACUGUUUUCUUUAGAGCUGGUGAAAACAAAAGCAGGUGGGAGAUGGGAGUUUCCAGAGGGACUGAGAACAGGAUGCAGCAUCUGGUGCCUGUGGUAGUAGUGGAGGAGUUUGGUUGAGUUGCUGGGACUUGGAGGGCCAGAGCUUUACUUUCAGCUGUGUCGUUGUCUCACCGUGCCAUGCCCAGGAGGAAUCUGCCAUCUCUGUUUCUGUAAAGCAGGUAGAAUCUGAACUAUUGCCAUUGAUUUACUGCUUAGAGGUUUGUUUUGCCCCUCCCCCCCCCCCCCCAAGUGCUUCGUGAACCACAAAGUGCCAUUACUGCUUUUGGAAAUGUUCUUGCAGUGUCUAACCUGUCACCCCAUGGACUGCGACAGCGUCUGUGCUGUUCCAUGCUGUCUUUGGGGCUAGGGGAAGAGCCAGGGUUGGGAGGCAGUGUCAGCACUGGUGGCUGCAUGCUCUGAAUUAUGUACAUGCCUCUUUUCUCCCCACUUUUCCACUUCGGUGCCUGAAGAAGCUGCAUGUUGCUGUACAGCAGCUUCUCCAGCAGCUCUUCUGAGAUGGCUGCUGCAGUAACAUGGCCUCGCAGGGGCUUUCUCUGGGGGAAGACCAAAGUGAGGGCUGAGGACUUGGCCCUCAGAUUUGUGUUAGUAAGAAGCUCUGCUCGCAAAGACGGAGGCUGCUGGGCAGGGGCUUUCUGGAGGAGGAUGCUGUGAUCCAGGAACCAGCUCGUAGGACUUCUGGAAUUGGUGGCCAGCUUUAUCUCAUCCCUGAUUGCUUCACCUCAGUGCGUGGGAUCACAAAUGGACUUGGUGUCAUGGCUCUGACUUUCGUGAACUGCUGACAGCAGUUGCCUUGUGGUGUGUUUAGUAUGGAGUGGGAACAGGAUAAGAGGAUUGCCUGGAACUUUAAAGGAUGUUUUUAAUACCAGGAAAGAAAUGCUAGUGAUAAUCAUUGAAAUGUUGAUUAGUGCCUUUAUAUUCCUCCUUGUGAGAUCCUUGUCUGUAAACCAAUGAAUUUUACCACUGCUGUUUCGAGAAGCACGCGGAGAAUAGAGCAGGGUGAUGAGGACGCGUAGCAGUUGCGGCUGUUGUGUACCUUCAAAUCGUAAGCUUGAAAUACAGCCUGGAAGACAAACGA